AGUCCAAAUUGCUGCUGAUCAUCUUGAUGGAGAAGCAAAUGUAUGGUGGCAAUGGAUCUUGCACAAAAAUCAUGGUGAGCACAUGCGUUGGAGAGACUUUGAGAAGGAACUUAUCACGAGGUUUGGUUCGAGUGAUUACCUUGAUUACGAUGAAGCUUUGUCUCGAAUUAAACAAAGUGGUAGCUUGCGAGAGUAUCAAAAGGAGUUUGAGCGCAUUGCUAGUAGGGUGCGGGACUGGCCCGAGAGUGCACUAGUGGGAACCUUUGUUGGAGGGCUAAAGGCUGAGUUAGCAGCAGAGGUGAGGUUGGAUAGACCAGGAUCGAUGCGAGCAGCCAUGGAUUUGGCUAGAUUGCAUGAGGAUCAUCUCGUAGCAGUACGAAAAGCGAGGCCGAGCGACGUGCGCACGGAAACUAAGCGCACGCAUGCUGCGAUUGAGGAACAAGCGGCGCGAACCGAGAACAAGCCAUUGGGCGAUACUGUGCGCACAACGAGCCAUAUACGGCGGCAUACUGACGAUGAGAUGCAGCGACGACGAGAAAAAGGCCUUUGCUAUUCGUGCAAUGAAAAAUUCACGCCAGGACACAAGUGCAAGGGUAAGGAAGUAUUUUUGUUAGAAAUUGAGGAAGGUUAUGAGGAGGAAAAACCACAAGAGGAGUCCUUGUGGCAUAUGGUUAAGAGCAAGAAGCGUGGUCCAAAGAUGAUCACAUUCACGACUGAAAUUAGGGGUAAAUUUGUGGAAGUAUUGGUUGAUAGUCGGUCUACGCUAAACUUCAUUGAUGAGGAGCUGUCCAAAGAGAUUGAGAUUCCAUUCACCAAGGUAAAACCUUUUGGAGUCAAAGUAGCAAACGGAGAAACACUCCGACGGGAUAUUCUCUUCAAGGGUGUAAAGAUGGAGGCUCAAGGUCAAAACAUGAGAGUGGAUUUAUAUGCCUUGCCAUUGAAGGCGACAGAUAUAGUACUUGGAUGCCAGUGGUUGGAGACUCUUGGUCCAAUCACAACUGAUUAUUGGAAAGGAACCAUGGAGUUCGGGAGAUCGAGUAAGAGGGUCAAGUUCAGGACUGAGGAUCCAGGCGAGUCACCUGACGAGGAUGAAGAGGAUGGUCGUGUUCGGAAGUUGAAUUUUCUUAUCCUUGGGGACAAGGAAAGACUCGAAGAGGAGGGGAAUGAUACGGAAGUGGAGGUUAGCGCCUGCGAAGUUAGUGGAAUUGGGAAGCUAAAAUGCGAGAGGGGCGCAUCGGACCUUGAUGCGCAUGGUUGGGCGAACAAGCGACGCACGCGGGUGGCAACGGGUGCACGUGGUUGCGCCAGUAUUCUUUUAUAUUCGGAUAAGAUAUCUGAUAGAUGUGAGUAUCCGAGUAUUUUAGUAAGUAUAAUGAGCAUAGUACUUAGUAUAUUUGUUUAUAUUUUUUUUUAUGUAGUUGCAGAUACAGCUAUCAGUACAACACUUACAGUUUUCAAAAGUUUUCAACAAGAAAAGGUGGAGACCCAGACUGGGUAUUACAUUGAGUAUAAUAGCUAUUAUCAUGACGUUGCCCGCGUCGUCCCCACUUGCGCGCCCAACGCUUUCCGCGUCCUCGCUGCCCAGGCUCCGCGCGUCCCGGCCACCGUCCGCGCCCCAAUCACCUACGGCGCAUCCUACUGCGUCCGCUGCUGUACGCGUCGUCUCCCUCGCCCGCGGGCCUCGAUCGUCUCUUGCACAUCCCCGUGCGCCUGCUGCGUCGCACGCCACUCCCCCGUCCGCGGACUGCUCACCCGCGUGCCAUCCGCGCCCUGGCGUUACACACCCGAACGCCAACGCGUCCCAAUCGACCUCCGACCCCAUCCGCCUAUCGCUCGACCCUUCGGCUCCACCGUCGGUCGUGCACCCCCGUUCAUCAUCUCGCUACGUCCAUCCGCGCGCAUCAUGGGCCGAUGCGCGCCACUCGCCCAUGAGCCGAUCGCCGUCGCCCCUCUCGUCGGCGAUCGCCACAGUUG